AUGGCCCGCUUCUAUGGUUCGUGGGCACAGGGUGAGACUCGUAACAUACUGCGCGAAUUCGUUAGUGGUGGCACACUCACGGACUUUUUCGAACGAACCGAGCCGCCGACGACCAAGGCCGAUAUUCUGGAGUUUUGGAAAAACUUUAUACAAUUCAUCAAGCCAAUAGCAUGUAUACAUCACUUUCCUAAUCCGCACAACCAUCAUUCAUACAAAGUGGGGCUACACAACGAUAUCAAACCGGAUAACAUCCUCGUAUCGGAGCGGAACGGGAAUAGCCCGUAUAGUGUCUCCUUCAAACUCGCAGAUCUUGGUCUCGCCGGGUUUGUGGUGGCUGAUGACUCAGACGAGACUCAACUGCGCGAUGUCCACGGUACGAAGAUGUACAGUGCGCCCGAAUACUUUCGUGGCGAGACAGACAGGUCCAAGCAACAAAGCAUCAAGCAAGCCCGUCCGGCUAAGGAUAUUUGGGCCUUAGCUUGUGUGAUCAGUGAAGCCGCGGCCAAUGUACCUUCCGGUCGGACGGCCCGUCCUUCGGCUUCUGUCACCAGGGUCCUGAACUACAUAACUAGGAAGAAGUUGGAUAAGAGCACGGUCUUGCAGGGCGAAGAAUGGCUGAACAAAUUACAUGGUAGAGAUCAGAUCUUCCUCAUCGACGACUCAGAAUCUAUGCGACAACACUGGGAUGACGUCAAAAGUACCUUCGAGGCUCUAGCGUACCUCGUCAAGGCCAUGGAUCCAGAUGGUAUCGAGUUACGAUUCGCCAACAGUCGGAGAUAUGACAGCCGUGGGAAGGAUCGCAAGGCACUCCUCAGGAAUUUCGAGAAAGUCAAGCCCAGUGGCCAAAGCCAAAUGGGUAUUGCGCUCAGCAAUAUUCUCCCAGACUACUACCACAAACCGCACCAAAGCCAAGCCAGCAAGCGGUCAUCCUGGUCUCCACGAGUAGAAGAAAAGCCUGCAGUUAACAUUUACAUCCUCACCGACGGUGUAUGGUCGCCAGGUCAUCAUUGCCUUUCAACCAUCAAAAACCACGUUACAAACCUAGUCAAUCACCUGGUUGCGACCGGAAGGCUUCAACACGUCGGUAUCCAGUUCAUCCGCUUUGGAAACGACGAGACUGGUAAAGAGCGCCUGAAUAUCCUCGACAACGAUGAAUUGAAGCAUUACAAAGUUCCUAUAGAUAUCGUCGACACGGAGCCGUCUACUGGCAAUAUCUUCAAAAUGCUACUUGCAAGCACUGAUCCUUCCUGGGAUAACGAGCCUAGCGGCUGA